UGACGAACGCGAACCCGAAAUACUUUUAACUAAUCGUAAACAAGAAGAUACCAUCGAGGUUCUUUAGACAUAUACAAUAAAAUGAAUACGUUAAAACCUGAACAUCUUCGUUUUUUCAUAGAAGAGUAUUGUGGUUGACUUUUGUGGCUGUCUAUUAAAUAAUUGCGAUGUCAAUAGUCACGUUAGAGAAACCCGUGCCAAAAGUAGCCGGAUCUGAUUGGUACUACAGAGUGUCCGAAUUAAAAGAAUCGUGUGACAACCGAAGACGUGAUGCGUUCCAGUUACAAAACGAAUCGCACAAACUGAGAAACAACGCUGAUAUAACUACUUUUUGGGGUACCCAUCACACAAAUUCGUCGAUCGUAGAUAGACAAACCGAGUUAAAACAAUGGAAGUAUCUGAUCGAAAAGUAUUACGCAGAUUUGGUAAAAGAAAUCAAAGAUAUGAAAAACGAGAAACUGCAAACUGAACAAACUCUCGAGUUUCUUAACUUGAACUUUACCGUUACCAACCACUGUUUGAGCAUACGAGACGAAAGAGGUGGUGCCGAUCUAUGCUACGACAUAGCCGACAUUGAGUUGAAAAAUGAACAACAUACGUUGGAAACGUUGAAAAAGAUGUUGACUGAAAAAUGUCAAAUUGCGUGGGAGCAGAUAAACAAAUUGGAAGAGUUGCGCAUCAACGUUGCUGAAGACCUUGCUAACAAAACGAAAGCAAUAGAAAUGGACACCGCUUUGUUGAACAUGACCAAAGAUUCUAAUAAUAUCUCACUCAAACCGGAUCCACUCAGGGUCCCAAAAGAUUACAAUACGUACGAAAUGUGGCUUCGAAAAUGUAACAACUUAAAGACAAGAAUCGAAAAUGAACUGAACGGUUCGAAAAAAAUUCGGGAAACUAUGUAUGUGCCCCGUGAAAAAACCAAAAACGAUUUGAAAGCGCAAAACGACAAUACAAACUUUGCACUCCGCAGACGAAUUUACGAAACGGAGAGAAUUAAAGAUGAACUGGAAUGGCAAAAAUCGAAUAUGCAAGUGGACAAAGAAAAAUUUUUAAAAGAAAUCGAAAAUUUGGAAAUUGCUCUAGACAACAAAUUGAAUUCAAAAAAGUUGGCAGAUACUCGAUGUGAAGAAAAACUGUAUCGAGCCGGCGCAGAACGUUGUCUGGACAGACCUACGCUUCAAUUGCAUAAAGAAAUUGCUCAGCUGAACGCUACUACUCAAACGCUGGCUGAAAAACUCGAUCAGUCAAAGUCUAUGUACAAUAUUCUUACCGAACAAGUGACUUUGAUCGACGAAGAACUCAAAAACAAGACUCACGCGCUCGGUGUAGACGAAAAAUGUUUGCAGUAUAGAUCACAAUUAAACGACAAUUAUUGACUACCUGUUUUAUGAAAAUCUUUGUAGCUCGUUCACUAUACAUAGUAAUAUUUAAGUAUAUCUAUAGUGUUGUUUUCUCAGUCUAUAUGAAAUAACAAUAUUAUUUUAAAACGAAUUUAAAGCAAAAAAAAAAAUUAAUUUUACCCGAUUUUUACUAUAUAGGCAACAUUAUGUACUCGUUCAAAUUUGCCUAGUUGGCGCCGUAACAUUUAAAAAAAUGCUUUUCUUGAUAAUUUAUAUUAUGUUACUGUAAAAUCAGUAAACCCACUCUUCCAAUAUUAUGUAUUGUAACGUGCAUAAAAACAAGACCAUUAGUUAAUUAAAUAAAUUAAAAGGACAGACCUAACGAAUGUACCAAUGAAAAAUAAUAUUUUAAAAGUAUUAUAUUAUCUUGAAGACAGUAAGAUAAAUAUUCAUAAAUUUGUGAUGGAAAAAGUUUCAUCAGAAUAUUAUUAUUAGGUCGGUAAUACCGAUGUAAGUUUAAUAUCGAUUUUUUGCAAGUUCUCGUCAAAUCUCUAAAGGUAAAAUAUUACACAGAUGAUCUUAUACAAUAUUCGUCUUCCAACAUUUGACUGUUAAAGGUGUGUUUAAAAAAUAAAACUUCAACCCUUAAGAAAGAGAAAUCCCACCUAGUAUAAGAAUCGAAUUACGGUAGUUCUUUUUACAUGUUAAAAAGGUAUAAUAUUAGAUAUGCAUGCUUAGUAAACACACAUUCGAAGGCUUUGUAGGAAAUGAUAUUAUAAAUAAAUAAUAAUAUUGACU